CCCGUCAUGAAACCGCCCACCUGUGCGGGCCCCCCGUCAGGUCUGCUGCUGGUCCUGAUGUGCUGCCCCCUGCUGGGCGUGGUGCAGUCGGCCAGCAGCAACAAGGCCAGUGAUAAAGGACACACCUACCCGGGAGACUCAGACCCGCAGAGAUGCAUGAGGCACCAUUUUGUGGAGACGAUCACUCACCCGAUAUACAAGUGUAACUCCAAGAUGGUUCUGCUGGCGCGCUGUGAGGGUCACUGCAGUCACACCACUCGCUCUGACCCGCUCAUCUCCUUCAGUUCCGUCCUCAAACAGCCCUUUAAGAGCACGUGCUCCUGCUGCCGCCCUCACACGUCUAAACUGAAGGCCGUGAGGCUGCGCUGCAGCGGCGGGACGCGCAUCACCGCCACCUACAGGUACAUCCUCGCCUGCAACUGUGAGGAGUGCAGCUGAGGCGCCGCCACCACUGGCUCCGCCCCCCGCCCACGCCCACGCCCACAACACUCCAGACACUUUUUUCUUGGCCUCAAAACAUUGAUGUAAAACAAUCCAGAGAGUUUUCCGUUGAUUGUUGGGUCAGGAACUCGUCUCAGAGGACCAGAGGUUCUGCUGGGAGGGACGGUUUGGACCUGUGGUACCGCCCUCACAGCUGACCUCACAGCUGACCUCACAGAUGAUCUGGCUGUAGCCCUUGGGAUGCUCACAGAACCGGUCAAACCUGCUCGGAUCAGAGUCCAUCAUCAUCAUCGUCAUCAUCAGAAACAACAGCAGCAGACAAGAAGUAACAUAGGACAUGAAAUGACAACAUGAAAUCACAUGAAAUGACAACAUGAAAUCACAUGAAAUGACAACAUGAAGUCACAAUGACAAUAAAUGACAUAAUGACUUACAUGUAGAAACAUCAGUGUAUUCCUGCAGAUCGUUCAUGUCUUUUUUCAUGUCAUCACAAAUAUGGGUAAAAACCUCCACCAUCUUCAUCUUCAUCAUCAUCAUCAUCAUCAUCAUCAUCAUCCUCAUCAUCAUCAUCCUCAUCAUCAUCAUCCUCAUCAUCAUCAUCCUCAUCAUCAUCAUCCUCAUCAAACGUCUGGUUAAAGAUUUCCGUUUCCGUGAAAACGUUGCAAGAAGAUCGGACACGUGAUGACAUGUGAUGACACGUGAUGACACGUGAUGACACGUGAUGACACGUGAUGACGUGACUGAGGACAGCAGCAGUGAAGCGGCCAGUGGGUGGCGCUGUGGAGCCUCAGUAAACCAUCAUGUUAUAUUUGAAUGUUUUCACUCUUCAUCACUGGUCAUGUGACCUCAUCAUCUCAAAAACUGACUUCAUGAUAUUUUUAAGUUUAUUUAAGAUUUUUGUCUUCAUUUGAAAAAUAUCUUUACAUUUUUUCCUCUUUGAAAUUCAUAUUUGUGUUUGCUUUAAUCCAGUCCAGGUUAAAAACUGUACACAAGAAAUAACAAACUGAAAAUAUUACAGAUUACAGAUUACAUAAUUAAAAAAAGAUGUUAAACAUUGAAAUCAACUAAAUCUGAUCAUAAAAGAUUACAUAAAAAACAAUACUUAAAAAAACAGACAUUACCAGAUUACAUACCCAAAAAAAAAACAGAUUACAUAAAAAACAGAACCAGAUUAUAUACUUGCAAAUCAGAAUAAAUCUAAAAAAACAGACAUUACCAGAUUACAUACCUGAAAAAAAACUGACGACAUGUUAAAAAUCACAAUACCAAAUUAGGAACACAGAUUACGUAAAUACAUAAAUUGACAAAAUCAGAUUACAGAAGAAGGCAGCACCAGAUUAUAUAUUUAUAUAUCAGAUCAAACAUUAAGAAAAAGACAACAUCAGAUUAAAAAACUGAUUCCAUAAGUAAACAGUGCUAGAUUAUAUAAUCAUAAAAAUGUGACAUUACUGAAAUAAUAAAACAGAUGACACGCGUGAAAACAGAUUAUAGAUUUAAAAACAACAACGGAGGAUCAUAUUAAAACCAGAUUACACACACACACAUGAUUUUCAGAGCGUUACCAUGGAAACAGUUACAUACAUUAUCCAGACGUUUACUUUGGUUUUAAAUGAGAUUAUUUUCUUUGCUUCUGUACAGUUGUUGUUGU